ACAACUCUAUCUAGCGUAGACACAAAUAGCCGCUUUAUCUUAUCAGAUAAGGCCCCGAACUAUUCGUGGUAGUUCUACUUUGUCGUUAUCAAUGCAAUUAAAGCAAUUCUGUGUACAUGAUUAACCAAGCAAAUUCAUGCCAAAUAGCUCCACGAUGGGUCAAACCAACGCACAUCAUCGCCUGGAAGUCAUAAAAGAAAACGUCGACGAAAUCACCGAAAAAAUCAAAUCCGACGAACUCACACCAGAUGACAGGAGCAGAUCGCACGAAAUCCUCCUGGAUUACAUAAAAGAACUCAAGUUUAUACUGAGCAAGUCGCUGAGGACUUCGCGAAUACGCAAGGUGGAAAAGCUGAUUGUUACAGCUUUGCAAGAACUGGCGACUUUGGAAGGGAAUUUGAGGAACGUGGAACCGAGGUUGAAGGCCAAGUCGAUGCAAACCCUCCACGAUAUCGAGAAGAACAUGAAGACGAUCAGUGCGACCUUGACCAACCAGAACCUAGAAGACGAGAAGGAAACGGUCAGCAAGUUCAAGAAGAGGAUAAGCUUGAUUGAAGACAUCGACCAUGAGGUGGGUGAGACAAAAAGCAAAGUUCUAGACGUGGUGAACAGCGUCGAGACUACUUUCAACGAGCGAGAAAUGGAAGACAGGUUGAAGAGAUUGGAAGAAAAACACUACCAGGGUAGAGUAGACCUGACUAGAUUCAUCGGGGUUAGCGAAAGUGGGUGCUACAAGAAACACAAGGAGCAUCUACAAAGCUUGAAAGAAGAAGUGAGCAAAAUUUUAGACGUGAGUAUCAAAGUGAGCGACCGCAAAAAAUACCUUUUGUUCAAUAUUGACAACAACAUAGAAGCUCUUGACAAGAAAGUUAGAGAAAACGAAGAGACUAUCAGGAGACAGAUGGUCGAAGAAGAUGUUUUUAGAGCAACUACUCCCACCAUAUCGAACCAGAACUUAACCGAAGACCUCGUUCGUGCCUACACCGAGUUUGAAAAGUCUUUUUCUGCUAAUUGUACGUUAGGAGAAUUGCAAGAUAUCUUCAGACAACUCGGCGAAGUGAAGAUUAAGAUCGACCAGAAGUUGAAAGUUUUGGAAAAUCAGAUACAAAUCCAGGACGUGGAUCCUUUUGCGGAAUUGGUGCCUGUGAAGGACAACGACAGUCCUGUUGUUGACUUUGACAAAACUCCAGUGGCUCCUCCAAGAGCUGUCAACAAAAUGAAGCAAAUCGAAAAACGCGUCGAAGAUAUACAACACCAAAUUUCGACAAUGAGGUACGCCAAAGAUAGCUACUUUUACACAAACCAUCGAAGAAAAUUGGAAGAAUAUAAGUCAGAAUUGAACAAUUUGCCUGUUAGAAAUGAAGACGAGCAAGCGUUUGGUGAUCAAAUUUCGCAGUUCAUAGAUGAGGUCUUCUAUUUGCUAGACAACACUUGUACUGAUCGUAUAACAGGCGAUCUUUUGAUUGAUAUUACGUCCAUGAACACCAGUGUUAGUGAGUUGGGAAACAGUAUACAGCGAGCUAGUACAUCACGGGAACUGGAUUCCAUCGGAAGUGAGUUAAGUAACAAUUUGUAUUAUUUGAAGAAGCUGGAAAUUCCACAUUCAAGAAGUAGCGUUUGCCAAUUUCGCGACUACGUGGUCAUUCAAAUCGACAGUCAUUUGUCUAAUAUAGAAAAGUUGAAGAGGAAUUUACACAAGCUGGAGCUGGUGCAAGCAAAAAAUGAAGAGAUGAUGAGUUUCUAGAGAAUGACAUUUUUAUGUAAAUUUUAUAUUAUAUGUGAGUUAUUAAUAAAUCGAUUUGUAUAAAAGCGUA